UUGGUUAACAAUUGACAGUUCAUGAUCCAUCAAUCCAUUUCCCUUAGUGAAUUCUUGCUCGUUUUAUUCAAUAAAAAUUUCUUAUAAAAAUGGUUUUUGGUGAUUAUCCACUGGAAUACGAUCCAAAAAAACAUGGACCUUAUGAUCCAGCAAGAUAUUAUGGAAAGCAGGAUAUACCUUUGGCUCAAGUAAAAUUGGGUGAAUUGGGUUCAUGGUUUGGUAGGCGAAACAAGUCACCUCAAGCCAUGGCUUCUGCAAUAGGCCGAGCAUACUGGAGAUGGCAACAUAAAUAUGUACAACCCAAACGUAGCGGAAUUGCUCCAUUUUUCCAAGUUGCUGUAGGUUGUUCAAUUAUCUUCUACCUUAUGAACUACCAAAGAAUCACUUCCCACCGUUUCUACAAGUACCAUUAAAUUCUUGCAUUUUUAUGUAGUAAUAAUAUAAUAUGUGGAGUGAUUAGCAUCUCUAAUAUAAACUUUUAAAAUUGUAA